GACAGUGGUAGUCCAAACAUUUUCGGAAAGAGAACAACUGAACGUUGUCUGAGAUGUUGCAAUUCAGAUCUAUGUAACCUAGAAUGUAAUUAUUCACCAUCAACGACACGAACGAAAACUCUUGCAACGACUACUGCAACAAUUCCUUCAACAACGUCUACAGCAACUACUAAUAAAACAACUACUACUACAACGACUACUACAACAGCGACUACUAUAAAAACAACUACGACAGCACUCAAAUAUUCGUUUCCAUUCGAUUGCUGGGAAAUCCUACAUAAUGGAUAUAAUAUAACGGGCGUAUACCAGAUUUAUCCCUGGGGAUCUAGUGGAAAGUCCAUAGACGUACUCUGUAACAUGGAUGUGGACCCAAAAGGAUGGACGGUAUUUCAAUGGCGUCAUCCCUUAUCUGUGAAUUUUUCUAGAGAUUGGGAGGAAUAUAAAAACGGGUUUGGUGAUGUACAUGGUGAAUUCUGGUUAGGAAAUGAGAUCCUUCAUCGUUUGACAACACCACACAGAACGCUAUUUCAUAUUGGUGUAUCAAGCGUUAAUGGGAGUUCGUGGUAUGAAAGAUGUGACAACAUGAAAAUAGCAUCCGAACUUCAAAAAUACACCAUUACAUUGGGAAAAGCCUCUGGAACGGCUGGAGAUUCUAUUACAAAUGCCAGUAGCGUUGGGACUGACGGAACUAUGGAUGGGAUGCCAUUCACAACAUACGAUAGAGACAAUGAUUUGUAUUCCGGAAACUGCGCAGUUGCUUACAGAGGAGGAUGGUGGUUCAAUCGUUGUUACAGUAUCUGUCUGAAUUGUCCACGUGACAGUAUAGGGUACUACCCACUUGUUCAGAAGUCAGAAUUCAAUUCAUCCAUUCUAAUGAUCACACGAAUUUAGCUAUAUUUCAGGGAACAAUUUGGUUGUAAUUUUCCCCUUU